CAGACAAAAAUAUCCCCCAAAAACAGAAGCAAAACAAGAAGUGAAGAUGAAUCUCUUUGUCCUCGUUGCCAUCCUUGCAGCGGUCAGCGUGGAUGUGGCUUUUUCACAAAGAUCAUCCAAACAGGCAAGACAACGGUGUCUGUCUGGAGAUGGGAGUGAAUACAGAGGAAAUAUUGACAAGUCAUCCACCGGUCGCACGUGUCUCUACUGGAACAAGGUUAAACCUCAAUGGAAAAAUGUAAAUGGACUUGGCAAACAUCGUUACUGCAGGAAUCCUGACAAUUCUGACAUGCCAUGGUGCUAUGUCACAAGAGAAAGAAGGACUGUGAGAGAAUACUGUGAUAUUCCCACAUGUUUUGCACCACUACAAGCGCCUCCUCAACUACCUGUAGAUACAGAGAAAACGUGUGGAGAGACAUCUGAGAGGAGGAUUCAUAAAAUUGUAGGUGGCUCUUUCACACCUAUAGAGUCGCAGCCAUGGGUUGCUGCCAUUUUUCAUAAGCGCUAUGGCUUCCUCUGUGGUGGCACUCUCAUUUCACCAAGCUGGAUUCUCACUGCAGCUCACUGCUUCUCUGAUGGUGAGAAUACCAAACUCACACAUCUGUCCAUAUACCUGGGAAAGAGUGCCAUUAAUGAAACGAAUGCCAGUAGUGAGCAGAAGUUUGCUGUGGAAAGACUCAUCAUGCAUGAAGAAUAUAAUGAUAUUACCUAUAAUAACGACAUAGCUCUGAUUAAGCUCAAAAGCAGAGAUGGAGGACGUGCAGCUAAAUCAGCUUCUGUACGCAUAGCUUGCCUUCCUCCAUUUCACACUGAGCUACCUCCUGGAUUUACAUGCACCAUCGCAGGAUUUGGGAGGGAGAGCGCAGGCUCAUUCCAGUUCUCACAGUAUCUGAAAAAGGCUGAGGUAAAACUGAUGUCCAACGCUGACUGUAGCAAAGAAGUGCACUACGGAAAACGCAUCACUGAAAACAUGUUCUGUGCUGCGAGCCCCGACUGGAGCACUGAUGCCUGCAAGGGAGACUCUGGCGGUCCUUUGGUGUGUGGAGCAUCAGGUCGGAUGUUUCUGUUCGGCGUGGUGAGCUGGGGUGAGGGCUGUGCCUUGAAAAAUAAACCAGGUGUCUACACAAAGGUCACCAACUACAACACAUGGAUUGCAGGAAAAACAGGACUCAUCAAAUACGCAAAAGGACUGAUGUAUCCCCUGAAAUGAAACUGUCCCAGAAUCGUAUUUAUUUAUUAAGUGUUCCCUAAAAGCAGCAGGCUUUUUGCACAUGCAAGCAAGUGCAGAUGUUGCAGGUUUUGUUCUGAGAGCAGCUACCAUCGCUUACUGUGAACAUGUUUUUGCACUGAAACAAUUUAAUGUAAAUAUUUAAAAAGAGUAUUUUAAAAACUGCUUUAAUUGUCGGUUGCAUUAUAUAUUUUUAUAUACUUGUGCAUUUUUCAGGUAUUCUGCAUAUUUAUUAUUGACUUUUAAAAUAAGCAAUUAGGAAACAUAUUUAUGUCAAAUAAUUUAAUUUCAUAUAAAAGGCUGGUC